AUGCCUGCGACCUGUGUGAGCUGGCUGCUGAUGACGGCGUGCAGGGACCCGGGGGUGCUGCCGCGGCAGGAGCCGGACGAGGAGUGGCUCAGCGGCCGCAAGCCGCGCACCAAGGAGGUGGUCGUCAAUGGGCACCCAGUGCAGGUGCGCUACAAUGACACGUGCCACUUCUACCAGCCGCCGCGCGCGCACCACUGCAGCGUCAACGACAACUGCAUAGAGCGCUUUGAUCAUCACUGCCCCUGGGUCGGGACAACCAUCGGCCAGCGCAACUACCGCACCUUCCUGCUGUUCAUCUAUGGCACCACCAUCUACAUCAUGUGGACGUUUGGCAUCAGCCUCUGGUCCUUCUGGAUCAAGGCGCGCGACCUCAAGGCGGCCGGCAAGAGCAUAGAGAUCCUCACCAUCAUAGCCGCAAACCCUGCGGGGGUGGCGCUGUGCGUGCUGUGCUUCAUCUUCUUCUGGUUUGUGGGGGGCCUGUCCGGCUUCCACACAUUCCUGGUGGGCACCAACCAGACUACAUACGAGAAUUUCAGCAACCAGCGCCGCCACAACCAGGGCAGCGUGACAAACCCCUACGACCUGGGGCUGUUCCGCAACUGCGCCAAUGUGUGGUGCACCAAGGUGCCGCCCUCAAAGAUAGAUUUCAGGGCUUUUGUCGGCGAGGCGCGCAAGGCGCAGGCGGCCGCGAGCCAGCGCUCCCUGCAGGCCGACAGCCAGCGCCUUGACAGCCAACGAACAAACGCGGAGGACAGCCAGCGUUCGAACGUGGUGGAGGGCAGCUUCCCCUCCUACAUCGCGUCAGGGCCCUUUGAGGGCGGCGAACCACGUGUCGGCGACAGCCGCACGCCGAGCGCCGCCCGCUCGGCGGCCUUGGUCGGCGCAGGCGUGGGCGGCGGCAGCAUAACGAGCGGCGGCACUCCGCGCGGCGGGGGCUCGAUGGGGCAGCCCGCGUCGCGGCAGGGGUCGCUGGUGGGUCCUGACGGGAGCAGCGCCUUCUUCCAAGGCGCGGCGGCGGCGGCCGCUGAUGCGGCGGCUGCGGGCAGCAGCGCUGGACGAGGUGUGGCGGCAUUGGCGCCCGAGCGCAUCUCGAUCGAGAUGCCGCGCAGCGUGGUGGUCUCGCGGCCAUUGACAGAUGCGGAACACCAGCAGCGGUGGCGGCGCCAGCAGGCGCAGCAGCAGCAGCAGCAGCCGCCAGCGCUGCAGCAACAGCAGCACUUGGUGCAGCAGCCAUACCAGCCAAGGCCAGGCCACCUGCGCACGCAGCGGCAAGAAGCGGGCUGA